AUGUAAACAUAACCAGAUCAUGAAUAUCUGAAUACUUAAGCAAAUUAAGGACAAGAACCUAUUAAUAAUAAAGUGCCUUUUUUGGAUCUUGAUUCUUCUGGGGAUGCUUUGGAGGAUGGGAGAGUAACUAAUCUCUGUUUUCAAAGGUAUUGAUGUUUGGAUGAUAGUGAUUAGAUUUAGAAUGAUGGAUUUAAGUUUCUUUGUAUUCAACCUAAUUGGGACUGGUUUAACCGUAAUAACUUUGGAAUUGAUCCAUUAUGAUCAAGAACCAGAGGCACGUAAGGUGUUGUUAUGGGUGAUAUUCAUAUCAAAUUUAAUUUUGAUGGGAUUAGUAGUAGUAAGAAAUGCAGCUAAAUUGAAAUGGAGAGAAAGUAAAGGAGAUAUGUAUGGUGGAUUUAGCAAAGAGUCAUUGGGAAUAUCUUUGGAGAUAUUAAUUAUAGCAGCAUCUCCUUUACCAUUUUUGGAUGAUUAUAGUUUCUAAUUUGAAAACGAUUUUGUUGAAGGUGAAGUAAUGAUAUUAAGUUAGGUAGGUCUAUUACUAUUCAAACGAAUUGCUUUGUCUUACUCUUGCCUUUCGAGUAAUAUUUUUUAUUCGUACAACCUUAUUGAAUUCUUAUUGGCAUUCGAAUAGGACGGAUAGAGUUUGCAGUCUAUAUGCAAGUUAAGCAGAUUAUAUGUUCACUAUAAAAUCUCUAAUGAGGUAAGAUUUAUACAUUAAAACUCUUGAGGAAUCAACCAUUCACUGUAAACUAUAGUGCAAUGAUCUUACUAAUUGUAGUUUUUGGAUAUUGUUUGAGAAUAUGUGAGAGUCCUCUUAAUCGAAUAGACAUAAGUUCGAAUGAUUUUAGUAGUUAUGCAAAUUCAAUGUGGUGUGUAAUUGUAACUAGUACAACUGUAAAUUGCUUAUUCUAACAAUUACAUAGUUAGGAUAUGGGGACUAUUAUACCAGAACAUUAUUGGGACGCAUAGUAAUGAGUGUUGUUUGCAUAUUGGGUAACUUUGUGGUAUCAUCUAUGAUUGUCAUCAUUACAAAUGAGUCUUAUUUAUCUACAUUAGAAAAUAAGGUGGUAAUUUUGAUAGACAGAUUGAGUUUGAAGAAGCAGAUGCAAUAAGAAGCUGCCAUGAUAAUCACUGUAUUUGGUAGGAUCUAUUAUGCAAAGAGGUAUUAAUUUCAAUAUUUGAGACAUCUCGACUUUUCAGAAGAGUAGUUUACUGAGAUGAAUAAGAAAAUGAAGAAGUAUGCAAUGUAAUUAAAAUUAACUACUCGUAAAUAUGUUGCAGCAAGGGCUUUGGGCAGUCAAUUAGAAGAGAUCAACAGUGGUUUCAAUUCAUUGAAAGAGAAUCUGAAAUAAACAUCAUAAUUAUAGGAGGAUUUGAUUAAAGCAAAUGAAAAUCUUAUAAAUAAAAUUGAUAAUAAGUGA